AUGCUGGGCGCGAUAGAAGAGAACCACAACUGCGGCGACAUGUACGUCGAAAAGACCAUACACGACGUCGUACUGGACAACAUCCCAAAGUUCUCGGAGCACUCGGUCAACACCGCCAAGGUGAAGCUGCAGAACCAGACAAUGAGCCAUACCGAAGGAGGCUGGCCGAAGGAGAUCGACCACAUGGAAGCGCAGGAUUGUCUAAAGUUCAUCAAGCGCCUUGAGAAGGACCCGUCGUACAGCGCGGCAGUCAGGCAGUUAACGGUGCAGACAACGAAGUGUUUGGAGCAGAACAACACUAUCGAUUUGUUUGAGCAUUACUUCCACAUGGAGGAGCCCGAGCACAUGCCCGAGUCGUUGACAAUGAAGACAGUGGCCUUAUUCAAGGACCCCUGCGAUGAGAAGCGUAGUGUGACCAAGAUUGGCUGGCACCCAGAGGGCCCCACUAAGCUUGUCUGUUCUUACUCCAACCUCCGGUUCCAGCGAAUGACCGACGAAAUGCCCAUGAACUCGUUCAUUUGGGACAUCUCUGAACGCAACGAGCCACUGACUGAGCUGAGGACGUCUUCGCCAAUGGUCUGCUGCGAGUACAACCAGAGGAACCCCGAUUUCUUAGUCGGAGGCUGCUACAAUGGUCUUCUCAACUUCUUCGACCUCAGGACACAUGGGCCAGCCCCUGCGACGAAGUCUACCGUGGAGGUGUCUCAUUGGGAUCCCGUCUACGACGUGAAGUGGAUGCAGACCAAGACCAAUUCCGAGUGCGCUUCCGUGUCGUCGGAUGGCCGGUUGUUGUUUUGGGACGUGCGCAAGAUGGACGAAGUCCUCGACGAGUGCGUAUUGACGGAUGGUGGCAAGGAGGCCAAGACGUUCGGCGGCGUCUCGUUGGAGUGGAUGCAGGAGGCUGGCCCAUCGAAGUUCCUCGUAGGAACGGAGCACGGCAUCAUCCUCUCGUGCACCAAAAAGCCGAAGAAGAACGUGGAGGUGUCCACCUGGUACGGGCAGGAGGAGAAGGGCGGCUACGGCCGGCACUUCGGCCCCGUCUACUCCGUGAAGCGCAACCCUUUCCACGUGAAGUACUUCCUGAGCGUGGGGGACUGGUGCGCCAAGCUGUGGAUGGAGGAUCGAGGAGGAGAACCGAAGGGCCCCAUGCUGCAGACGCCCUUCUACCCGUCCUACAUCAGCGCGGCAGCGUGGAGCCCCACGCGGCCAGGCGUGUUCUUCCUCACCCGCCACGACGGCCGCCUCGAGACGUGGGACUACUUCUACCGGAUGAACGAGGUCUCUCUGUCGCAGAAGGUGUCCGACGCCGCGCUCACCUCCCUGAGCGUGCAGGCGCAGGGCUCGCUGGCCGCCGUGGGCGACUCCGACGGCGUCGUCACGCUGCUGAAACUCUGCGACGCCCUGGCGCAGCCUGGCCCCAACGAGAAGAACGUCGUCGGGCAGAUCUUCGACCGCGAAACGAGGCGCGAGAAGAACUUGGAGGCGAUCAAGAAGCAGUCCGGGAAGCCGACGGGCGCAAAGGAGGACAAGGCCCGCGCCGCGAUCACCAUCGACCGGGCGGAGUACGAGGAGCGCGAGAAGGCGUUCUUCAGCGACGUGGGCCUCUCGGGGGACGACCUGGGCACCAAGCUGACAGGCGUGAAGGCCGUGGUCGCGAAGGCGUGA